UAAUCUGGACAAGGCUCAAACAAACAGAACAGGGCGCAAAAACAACCGGAAACCUCUACAGUGAGGUUUGACAAUGUCAAUGAUGAAAGAAGGCUAAGGAGAACAACCAUCAGUAACAGACACAGACACAAAGCAGAGUAACAAAUUCACCUUAGAGACAACGCAGGUGACACGCAUCUGUGAUUCAAGGAUUCGAAGAUACAAGUUAAGAACAAGAAAAGAGACGCUGAGAUGAUUAUCCUGGCCACUAUUCUGAUAUUGAUGUGUGUCAGAGUCAUUGGCACCAAAAACGGGUCUGAGAUGAAUUGUAUUUCAGUGAUCAGAGUGCCACGAAACACAGUGUUUAGAGCUCCGGUUAUGACCGAGUUGAAGAUAAACUGUACUAUAACAACUCUAGAAGGAUGUCACGGGAACCCAAGAGUCUCAUGGUGCAAAUGCAAUAGAAGUGACUGUAAAGCUAUUAAUUACUCACAUCACAUAAAAACUGAUUUGAAGAGCAUCAAAGAACAUGAAUGGAUGUAUUUCCUGAUUUUCCUGAACAUCUCAAUGGAGGACACAGGUUUCUACAGAUGUAAAGGUGGUGACACAUCUUUAGGUCAUACUAUUAAUGUCACUGUGACAGAUAAAAAUGAGGAUGAGGUGUCACACAAUCAAAGCAACACACGUGAUCUGAAUUCAGGUCAAAAGGAUGAUCGUCAGUGGCUCUGGCCGUAUCUGUACAUCUGCAGUGGAAUCGCAGGGCUGUUCUUCAUAGUUAUGACUGUAUUAUUUCUUUAUGUCAUUAGUCACCAAGGAAGAAAAUCUACAAGAAAAGAUGAGGCAAAUAAAAAUCAGUACAUGGAAUCACAAAGAAAAGACCUGCUUCUUCCUCCCGGUCUCUAUCUGAACUCAGACCUGCUGACAUCUGUUGUAUACCGUGUUUAAGAAACAAAGUACAAAUCUGUACCUAAUAAUCAAAAGUUAUAUGUUAAAAAUCUUUUUAACCUAUUUACCCCUAAAUGGUAUAUAAAUUAAAGGUACACAUUAGUACUUUAACAUACAUACCUGUAUUAGUACCCUAAUAAAGGUAAACAAUCUUAUAAUUUUUUUUUUUUUUUUGUCAUUCAGUUGUUAAAAUAUUCAUUAGUCUAAUAAAUUAUUAAGUGAUGAGAAUACUUAAGAAAUUCAGUUCAUAUUGCAUUGAAGAAGUAAUAUGACCAACUGUGGAAAAUAUUACUCCACAAUUGGUUCAGAAAUGUUGCGUUGUUGUUUUUGUAAAUCACUGAUUGUUAAUAAGAGUUUUC